GGAAAGGGAUUGUCUCCCUUUGGUAGGCCUACUUGUUAACCUCUUUCCUCAUCAUGGCAGACAACGAGGAGGGUUUGCGGCUUUCUAGGCAGAUAAAAAAUCAGCGGACAUCACUUGGUGGAUUCGAGGCCAACAACCUUAAAAGGUUACGUAUCCUGUCAGGAGGGGAUGGCAACAUGGUGUGUGAAAUGGAUGUGUUGCCAUCGGACAAGAACAGCCACGGAACUCUCCAUGGUGGGAUGAUAUGUACUCUGGCCGACGCCGUGUCCUCGUGGGCUUUUCACGUCGUCGAACGAAUCCAAGUCAGCGUCAGUACCGACCUCCACGUCAUGUUUAUGAAACCCGCGAUCGUUGGAUCGACGAUUGUAAUAGAGGCCCGUACGGUCAAACGUGGCAAGAAAAUGGUUUUCCUAGAAGUAACUAUCAAAGACAAAGAAAAGGGGUUCAUUGUAGCAAAAGUAAGCCACUCCAAGAUGAUAUUAGAUGUUGGAACAAAGCUGGUAAAAAGUAAGUUGUGACGGAUUGAGAUCGUCAGUGUCACAAGAAUUUAGGGUUCCAUGAUAACCCACAGGAAGUGACAUUCAAGGAUAACCACAAGAGUCACGAACUGUAACAAAAUGUAUUACCAAGUAAUAGUUCCACGGAGGUAAUCGUGCGGGAGGACCGUUGUACCUGAGGAAGCAUGCGAAUAGAUUAUGUGGUGAUAAAACGCCACAAUAGAAACAUGGACGGAGAAUUACAAUUAAGAUUUGCAAAUAUUUAAUUACUUACUUAAUCAUUAUGUCUGUGAUACCUUAUUCCAAGAGUGAGUGUUAGCGAGAAAGUGAGGUAUAACUGACAUAGCGCAUUACAUACAAGUCUAGUUGUAAUACGUACGAACAAAAUACCAAAUACACGUGUAUUGAUAACCGUC